AUGUUGGGUCCACACAAUCCUUUCUCGUACACAGAAAUAUUAAAAUAUGAGAGCUGCACAGUUUGUGUGCGGCGAGCACGGAACUUCACGUUGCAGCCAACACUUGUUACGCAUCACGGUGCAAGCGUCGGGGCGUCAGGGGCCAGGGCGGGCGCCAGGGCGGGCGCAGGGAGAGACGCAGAGGCCGCUUUGUUGCGACAUAUUGGUUCCGCCGCCCAACGUCAUAUUGAAAAUUAUCCACCUCAGACCCCCUCAAAUUCGACUUUUAAUUUCGCUUUG